AAAUGACUGUCAAAGCUGUAAAGAUGCCGUGCGCCACUCCAAAUGUCUAUACUAAAGUGCCUGACGGAGGAUGGGGUUGGACAGUUGCUUUUGCUUUCUUCUUUGUGGAAGCUUUAACGUACGGCAUUAUAAAAUCAUUUGGAGUCUUCUUCAAUGACUUGAUGGAAAGCUUUGAUGAAACCAACAGCAGGAUAUCCUGGAUAAUAUCCAUCUGUGUGUUUGUGCAGAGCUUCACAGCUCCUCUGUCAACGGUCCUCAGCAAUCGCUUCGGUCACCGCUUGGUGGUGAUGGCCGGGGGGGUGCUGGUCAGCGCCGGCAUGGUCACCGCCUCCUUCGCCCGCACCGUGGUGGACAUGUACGUCACCAUCGGCGUCGUCUCCGGCCUUGGAUACUGCCUCUCUUUCCUCCCGACUGUCACCAUUUUAUCACAGUAUUUUGACAAAAGACGUUCGCUGGUCACAGCGGUGGCAUCUACAGGAGAAUGUUUUGCUGUCUUCUCCUUUGCACCAGCAAUUACUGCUUUGAAGGAGCAGAUUGGCUGGAGGUACAGCCUCCUUUCUGUUGGGGUGCUCCAGCUAAGCAUCGUCAUCUGCGGAUCACUGCUGCGACCCAUUAUCAUCAAAGAGGAAGAAGAAGAAGCAGCAGCGAAAGCGCAGCCUCCAGAAGAGCCCACAGAGACAAAGUACAUGCUUGAAAACGAGCAAACACGCACCUCAAUAGAGUCCAUAGACUCAGGAGUAGAAAUAACUACCUCACCCAGCAACGUGCCUGGAAAAACCAAAGCAGAGCCUAAAAGUGAUGAACCAAAGGAACACGUGCAGAUAAUUGUUAAUAGUGACAGCACCCCUCCAGAACCAAAAAACAAACUACUGGACUUCUCUGUGAUGAGAGACUAUAGCUUUAUCUGUUAUGCAUUCUUUGGGCUGUUUGCUACCCUGGGCUUCUUUGCUCCCUCCCUCUACAUCAUUCCCCUGAGUCUCAGCCUUGGCAUCAGCAAGGACCACUCGGCAUACAUCCUGUCGGCCAUGGCGAUCGCUGAGGUCCUUGGAAGGAUUUCAGCUGGCUGGGUUCUCAACAAGCAGCCUAUCCGCAAGAUCUACAUCGAACUCAUCUGCGUCGUUCUGCUGUCUGUAGCACUGUUUGCCUUCCCUUUUGCCUCUGAGUUCUGGGGCUUGAUGACAUGUAGCAUAUUUUUUGGGUUCAUGCUCGGAACGGUCGCGGGCACGCAUAUUCCCCUCCUGGCAGAAGAUGACGUGGUUGGCAUCGAGAAGAUGUCUUCUGCAGCUGGAGUCUACGUCUUCAUUCAAAGCUUAGCUGGGUUGGCAGGACCACCCCUUGCAGGUGUCUUAGUGGAUACAACACGGAACUACAGCUCAGCCUUCUACUCCUGUGCUGCUGGCAUGGUCCUGGGCGCUGUGUUUCUGUCCCUGGUGAGGCCGUGCAAGGCUGGGCUGUGCCACCACCAGCAGGAGGGCGCGGUGGAGGCGGUGCCAGACUUGCCAGAAGACUUUAUUGAAAUGGAUAUUGGAAAAGCAGAAAGUUCAGGAAAACGCUGCGACAGCGCGCCAUAG